AUGGCAACAACCCGCGCUCCGUUUCUUUCCACCAAAUACGGCGGCUACUAUCACUCGGAGGUGCCCAAGGAGGACGAUGAGCUGACGCACGUUGGCCCAGGGACGCCGGCCGGCGAGUACCUGCGCCGGUUCUGGCAGCCGGUCUGCUACGCCGACGAGCUGGGAGACACGCCCGUCGGGCUGAAGAUACUGGGCGAGGAACUGGUGGCAUUCCGGGACUUCAGCGGACGUGUCGGCCUGGUGGAGGCCCACUGCCCGCACCGGGGGACGUCGCUGGAGUUCGGGCUGGUGUCGGAGCGGGGGAUCCGCUGCUGCUACCACGGCUGGCUGUUCGACGUGGACGGGACGAUCCUGGAGACGCCAGGAGAGCCGGUGGGAUCGACAUUCAAGGACCGACUGUGCCACGGCGCCUACCCGGUGCACGAGUACUGCGGGACGAUCUUUGCCUACAUGGGCCCGCCGGACAAGAUGCCGGAAUUUCCGAUUGCAGACAGCUGGGAGCGGGAGGGCUACCGGUUGAUUCCGGGGCAGCGUUACGAUUACCCCUGCAACUACCUGCAGGUACUGGAAAACGCCAUGGACCCGGUGCACACGUCGUUCCUGCACACCAUCGUUAGCGGGUCGCAGUUCACGGACGAGUUUGGAGUGGUGCCGGAACUGGACUUCAUGGAGACGCCCAUCGGCAUCAUCUACAUCGCCACGCGACGGGUGGGCGACAACAUCUGGGCGCGCAUGGUCGAGAACGUCCUGCCGAAUAUGCAGCAGGUUGCGCCCAUCUGGGAAGACGGCAAGGAAGUCCAUGGUUUCGACGGUCCUAUGAUGACGCGCUGGAUUGUGCCACGGGACAACAACAGCACCAUGCUGCUGGAGUUCCGGCAUAUCAGCGAGGCCGAGGAGAAGGAGCCGGCGUGGUGGAUCGACCGGGACCAGAUGCUGCCGGCCCAGUUGCCGAUUUCAGACGACCUGCGUGAGCAGCAGCUGCAGCCCGGCGACUAUGAGGCCCAGAUUUCGCAGCGCCCCAUCGCUGUUCAUGGCAUGGAGCACCUUGGCGCGACAGACCGUGGGAUCACGAUGUUCCGCCGCCAGAUACGGCGGGGCAUUCGAGCAGUGCAGGCGGGGGAGGACCCCACGGGCGCACUGGCUGCCGACGAGACUGGGCGCCUUCCCACCUACUGCAACGACACGGUGGUCUUCGCCCCCGAGGCGGCGACUCCCGAGGAUGACGUCAAGCUGAUGCGGGAGACGGGCCGGCGGCUGGCCGAGGAGUACGUGGCGGCGAGGACGAACGGCAACGGCAAGUAG